AUGACUCUGCAGAUCAGCCUCCAUCAGGCAUCCACCAGGCAAGCCCCAAGCAUCGUCUGGACUUGGCUUGGACGUCUCCAGUGCCAUGCGAACUGUGACUCAUCCAAGAAAACACCAACCAUGGAAGAUCACAAGCUCCAAGUCCAGAAUGGUUAUGACAAGAUCGCACAGACCUACCUCGACUGGAUCAGUGGGAGACCAACAGCCCGUCUCAACUACGUGGAGAAGUUGCUCUCGCAGCUGCAAAGCCCCUCAGAAGCGAAUGUCCUUGAGCUCGGCUGCGGCGCAGGGGUGCCCGGUACCCGAUUUCUAGCACAGCGAUGCGGUCACGUCUUCGCCAACGACAUCUCCCAGGCGCAAAUCGACCUCGCCAAGACGAAUGUGCCAGAAGAGAAUGUGCAGUUUAUCCAGGGAGACAUGACAAAGCUCAAGUUUGAUCGUUCGGCGUUACAGGCAGUGGUGGCCUUCUAUUCCAUCAUUCAUCUCCCGCGAGACGAGCAACGUACCCUCAUCCGACAAAUCUGGGAAUGGCUCUCCCCUGCAGGCUAUCUGUUGUGCAACUUGGGGGUUGCAGAUAAUCCUGGGUCAACGGCAGAUUGGUUAGGAUCGCGCAUGUAUUGGAGCGGUUUCGAUGCCGAGACUAGCCUUGGGAUAUUGAAAGAUGCUGGGUUCACUAUCACUCAAAGCGAAGUGCUACAGGAUGACGAGGACGGCAGACUGGUCCCUUUUUUGUGGAUUCUGGCUAAGAAGAGUUGA